AUGCCAAAGUAUGCAAAGUUUCUUAAGAAGAUUCUAGCAAAGAAGAAGAGUUUAGAAGAUCACGAGAUUGUUAUGUUCACCGAGGAGUGCAGUGCCAUCAUUCAAAAUAAGCUGCCACCUAAAGUGAAAGAUCUAGGGACUUUCACUAUACCAUGUAUUUACGAUGUGAAGCCCCCAAUAAUAUCAUUGCAACUGGUGAACAACUUCAUAUUCCAUAUCGACUUUGUAGUUCUAGACAUGGAAGUUGGUAGAGAAGUUCCACUCAUACUUCAGAGACCCUUUCUCGCAACAAGCAAAAAAGCUCACCAAGAUGGAAAAAGACCUUGA